CGGCGCCGCAUGAAUGGACGGUUGUUGUUCCUAUCGAUAACGCUUUUACUAUCUCCAUGAUAUCUAUGGCGCCUAUAACUAAACAGCUCGCCCCGGGUUCAAUUCCUCUUCUCUCCUUUCUUUGUCUCACCUUGGCUUGUCCUAUACAUACUGCUAUAUCAUACAGAAUGAAAUAUAUUCUGGGGUUGCUGGCUUUGGCUAGUACAGCCUUAUCUCACGCCCAUCAUGACGAUACCGAAGUGGUCCCGGAGCAUCUGCGUGAGGAGUUAUUGAAGAAAUGGGAUCAAGAGUGGACAUUUUCUGGCAUUUCCAGCUUUGCUCACUUAAAACCGGUCAAAUGCUUAAUCGAACCGGAUGAGAGAUAUGAUAUUGCCGUCAUCGGAGCCCCCUUCGAUACAGCUGUUAGCUACAGACCAGGAGCCCGUUUCGGUCCUCGUGCCAUUCGUGCUGCUAGCGCUCGUCAGAUGGCUGGUACAGCCUACAACACCCGUGCAGGUAUCAAUCCCUACAGCUCAUGGGCCACUGUCAAGGAUUGCGGGGAUAUCCCCAUCAUCCCUUUCGACAAUGCGGUAGCGGAGCGCCAAAUGUAUGAAGCUUUUCUUGAGCUGGGUUCACGACCUGCCAUCACUCCUGCCAACUCCAAGUACGGCACCAAGGGCAUCUCUGCCGGAAAGGUUAAGUUGGUAACACUGGGAGGAGACCACAGUGUUGCGCUGCCAGCCCUCCGUGCCUUGUACCGGGUUUACCAGAAACCAAUCACAGUGCUGCACUUCGAUGCGCACCUGGACACCUGGAACCCUGUUCGCUACUCGGCAUACUGGACAUCAGAACAGUCGGCAUUCAAUCAUGGUAGUUUUUUCCAUAAGGCAAGCCGUGAAGGCCUCAUUUGUAACUCGACCUCCGCCCAUGCUGGUCUGCGCACCCGUCUUACCGGCGUUACCGACAGCGACUACACCAAUCCAGGUCCCGAGCAGGGAUUCAUGCGCAUUCACGCGGAUGACAUUGAUGACCUGGGCCCUUUGGGUAUCGUGGAUAGGAUCAUUGAACGCAUCGGCCUGGACACGGAGCAACCGGUGUAUCUGUCGGUGGAUAUCGACGUGCUUGACCCUGCGACUGCCCCCGGCACAGGUACCCCCGAACCUGGCGGUUGGACGACCCGUGAGUUCAUCCGGAUCCUGCGCGGCAUCGAGAAGUUGAACAUUGUUGGUGCGGACAUCGUUGAGGUAUCGCCAAGUUACGACAAUAAGGGCGAAACCACCGCCCUUGCGGCAGCCCAGGUGGCCUUUGAGAUCAUCACCAGCAUGGUCAAGGCGGGGGCUGGCGAAGAUUUGGGAGGAUGGUAUGGACGCAAGGAAGAGAGUGCCCAAGGGACUGUCAAAGAGGGAGAGGCGAAGGAGACCAAGGAUGAGCUCUAAACAAGAUAGGAUGAUGUUACGAAUGAUUCAUGUUUCACAUGCAGGCAGGUG